AUGAUGGAGAAAAUCACAGACAAGAUCGCCGCCCUGCCGGCCGAUGCGAACUACUUCUCGCUCGAAUUCUUCCCACCCAAGACCGGUAUGGGUUUCUCCAACCUCCGCGACCGUCUCGACCGAAUGGCAAGAGCUCUGCGACCGCUCUUCGUGAAUGUGACAUGGGGAGCUGGCGGCUCCACGGCGACCAAGUCGCUUGAACUUGCCGAGAUUUGUCAACGGGAGCUGAAUCUGACGACGUGUCUACAUCUUACAUGUACAAACAUGAGCCGCAAGCUUAUCGACCGUGCGUUGGAGGACGCAAAGGCGUUGGGCGUCCGCAACAUCUUGGCUUUAAGGGGUGAUCCGCCCCGAGCAGCAGAGUACAGAGACCCGAACGAGCAACCCGAGGAUGCCAUCGACGAAAGCUUUGUGUGGGCCAUUGACUUGGUGCGGUAUAUCAAAAAGACCCACGGGGACUAUUUCUGUAUUGGUGUGGCCGCCUAUCCCGAGGGCCAUGCCGAAGAGAGUCAUCCCUUGGGCCAGAGCUUGGAGCAUGACCUGCCGUACCUGGUUGAAAAGACGCAAGCUGGAGCAGAUUUCCUGAUGACCCAACUGUUUUUCGACACACAAGCGUACGACAAUUUCGAGAAGGUUCUUAGGGAACACCCGAGCGGUGCUUUUAAGACGAUACCCAUCAUACCUGGCCUGAUGCCCAUACAGAGCUACCAGAUGAUCAAGAGGACCACCAAACUUAGUCAUGCAAGAAUUCCUGAUGCGCUCAUGGCUAGGCUGGAUGAUGUCAAAAAGGACGAUGAGAAAGUCAAGAGCGUUGGUGUUGAGAUCCUCUGCGAGAUUGUGGAGCAGGUCAAGGAGAUCAAGAGCCGGACAAAUGGGCCCAAGGGUUUCCAUUUUUACACACUGAAUUUGGAGAAAGCCGUUUCCUUCAUUGUGGAGAGAACGAAUCUUAUCUUGCCCGAAGCCACCGGAGAGGAGGAAGCAGUCGCUGACGAUGACAUGCAAAUCGUACCAACAGUGACAAUCAAUGGGUCAUCUCACCAAGAGCACCUAACUUCGCUCCACGAUAGCUCGCGGCGACAAUCGUCGAUUGGAUCGGAUCCACGCAAUCGCGUCAUCGUGUCAGGCCGACCGCCAUCGCAUCCAGAGUACGAAGCAACCGCCACUCAGGCUAGCAUACCUGCUGAGCCUAUCAACACACGAGCAAAUACCCUGGCAAUCUCAGAAGGCGAAGGCACCCUUGGCCGCGAGGCCACCUGGGACGACUUCCCCAACGGUAGGUGGGGUGAUGCGAGGUCCCCAGCCUAUGGUGAAAUCGACGGAUAUGGCCCAAGUUUACAUAUGACGAACGUGCAAGCAGUCGGACUUUGGGGGUAUCCCAAGAGAUUUGAGGACAUCAGUGAUCUCUUCAUACGUCAUAUAAAGGGAGAGUUGAACGCAAUCCCCUGGAGUGAAGAGGAAUUCAACGCAGAAACAGGCACGAUCAGCCCUCUGUUACUGAGACUCAACUCGAAAGGCUGGUGGACUGUCGCUUCACAGCCCGCCGUCAACGGUCUGCGCUCAUCAGACCCUACCUUCGGAUGGGGUCCCGAAAAUGGUUUCAUAUUCCAGAAGGCUUUUGUCGAAUUCUUCAUCCCCUCGGCGGACUGGAAAGUCCUGCUGGAAAAGCUACAGAGCUCAGAGUACCAGGGCACAGUCUGCUUCUACGCCAGCAACGCGGCCAGCGAUUUCGUCUCGUCAGACGACACGGGCGGGCUGUCGGGGGAGAAAAAGCCAGCGAGCACCAAUGCGGUCACGUGGGGCGUCUUCCCGGGUAAGGAGAUUAUCACACCUACUAUCAUAGAAGAGGUGAGCUUCCGUGCAUGGAGCGAGGAGGCCUUUGGCAUCUUUGGCGAGUGGGCAAAGGUCUACGAUAAGGGUUCGGAGAGCUCGAGACUGCUCGAGGGGAUCAAGGCCGACUCGUGGUUGGUCAAUAUUAUACAUCAUGAUUACGUGGAUAAGGAUGGGUUGUGGGAUUUGUUGUUGGGGUGA